UGGCAAAGCGCGCGCCGAGCAAUUUUUGUUAUGGACAGAUUUUUUACGCACACUCGUGCCACGCAAGCACCUAUCUUUCUUGAGAUGGUAGGCUACAGAGUGCGGAUAGAUAAACUACCAUGCAAGUGGACUAUGCAUUUUUUUGUGGGAAAUCUUCCUAUGAUGAUCAGGAGUUUAGGGUGGAUUUGCGUAUUUCCUACUGAAGAAAAAUGCUCCGGCGGGCCUCUCAACUCCACAAUCUUUGGAUGAGAAGAUGUCCAGAAUCUGAUAGAUUUACCAGAUAGGUAUGACAGCAAGACUACAAUUCUGUGAUAAUAAAAAAAAAGCGCCUUUGAGUUUUUUCUUUCGAGGCAUCUAACGUUAUAUUGAUAAUGCAAGCAAGCAUGCUUUUAUAUCUGUUCUGAGUUAUUUAUUAGGCUACAUUGAGUGUAAAAAAAUCUCAUGAAUUUUCAAGAGUCAUUCGGUUUUCCUUUUUCAUCAGUGUAGGGUAACCUAAUUAAACGGAAGUGCAACUGGCCUCAAGAUAUAGGUCUGAGUUCUGCGCAAUGAACUAAACAUUCAAGUUGUCCAAAACGCUCUAUAUUUACGUUUUUGUAAAGAUAUGGAUGAGUCAACGUCAUUGGAUAUCGAGGCCCUGAAGGUCCGGGAGGACCUCUGUGGAAGCAGGCAUUUGUUCCAAGCCAGCACUAGCACAUCAGAUGUGUGUUUUGGCACUAGAUGGGAACAAAAGCUCGCACACUAUCUGCUAAUCCAUGACCAGGAGUGAAGACCUAGGGCAACAGAAUGACUGAGGAACGUUCUGGAGGCCCAGUCGGGUCAUCUUCAGCAGCCCAGGUGCGACGCCGUCUACCCCGUGGGACUCUAUGGGUGGAGGAAGAGAUUCCUCUACUUUUUCCUCUCGCUGUUGCUGGUCAUAAUGAUAGUCAACCUGGCCUUAACUGUGUGGAUAGUAAAGGUCAUGAAUUUCACUGUGGACGGAAUGGGAAACCUUCAGGUGAACGGGCAAGGGAUACGACUGGAGGGAAUAUCGGAAUUUCUUCUUCCCCUUUAUGUGAAGGAGAUACAGUCAAGAAGGGCCAGCCCAUUGGUCGUGCGGUCGGACAGAAACGUGACUGUAAACGCUCGAAAUGACCAAGGCCAACUCACUGGACAGCUGACAGUGGGUCCAGAUUCAGUGGAAGCACGGUGUCAGAGAUUUGAGGUGCGGAGCAGGGAUGGAGGGAAGGUGCUGUUCUCUGUAGAUGAAAAGAAGAUCAGCAUAGGAACAGACACAGUCAGAGUAACUGGCUCAGACGGAGAGGUCUUUGGACACUCUGUGGAAACGCCACACAUCCAGGCAGAUGCCUAUCAAGAUCUGAAGCUUGAGUCUCCAACAAGGGCCUUGACCAUGGAGGCUCCCAGAGGGGUAGAGGUCACUGCAGCCAGGGGGAAACUGAAGGCCGCGUGUCGGAAAGACCUGGAACUCCAGUCAACAGAGGGAGAGACUGACAGAAGUUUGAGAGGGCGAAGACUGUGGCGCCGGAGUUGAAGCCCAUCAAAGUUGUUUCACCACGACACAUGAUCGAGGUGGACCUCAUCGGACCCUUCACGAAAUCCAGGAAGGGCAACAGCUGGUGUCUGACGGUGACCGAUCACUUUACCAAGUGGGUGGUGGGAAUACCAGUUAAGGUCAGUAAAGGAAGAGUACGUGCUAAACUCUAAACUCCCUUCUGUAACCAAUUUAAAAGGGUGUUUGGAACCAAAAAACAGAUUUUUUGUUGUUUUAUGACGAGGAUGUUGUACAUCAUCAACACCCAUGGUUCUCCUGAGAUCAUCUUGAGUGACCCGAGGUCAUGAACGCUGGAACAAGGCAUGUAUGUCAUAGGUUAUGUUCUGUCACCAAUGGUUUGUCUUUUUUUUAAAGGAAGGCGAGACCUGGGAAAGCUCGCUGGCUCUUUCGCUCCUAGCUGGGGUCAACAUCUGUUGAAGUGGAAAUAAAAAAAUAGCAGAUAACUAUUUGCAUGUAAAAAAAACCUGAAGCUAGUUUUAGUUUCCCCAACAGUGAUAUUUGUCUCUGUUUAUAUAACUCGCCAAAUCAGUUAAGAACAAAUUAUUUUUUACCAAAACAGCCAAGCUUAAGAUUUCACGACUCAUUGGUGAGAACUGUAGGACAGAAAAAUAAUGACCAAAGUGUUGGUGAGAGCUUCCAAAGAGCUAUCUUUUAUCAGCUGCUUGACAGUCUCACAGCUGAGCUGUAGAGGUGUUUUUCAAAGAAGAAUUGCGAGAUAAUGCAAGGUCCAGUCUCUCAACCCAGAGUACAGCAUUGAAUGAGGAGCCUCUGUUUGCCUUUGCUCAGACCUUUGAGUCAAAUUUAGAGGACCUCAACAUGAGGUUCAUCAAACAAAGCGGCUUCUUGAUAGGAGAGAGAAAAGUGGAAGGGACAGACCGUCUGCUCUCCUUGACUUUGUUGUGUUCCUAGAACCUUCAUAAAGAGGUCUUCCAUGAGCUAUUUCCACUUUGUAAGAUUUCUGUUGUUACACCAGUCAGCAGUGCUUCUUGCGAGAAACUUCUCAGCUCUAAAACAGAUUAAAACCCACCUUAGGACGACAAUGGUUGAUGACAGGUUAAGUCACCUCGGAAUUCUCAGUGUUGAGUCAAGGAGGGCACGCUCCCUCAACAUGGGGGAGUUUGUGAAACAUUUGAGCCAGUUCUCACCAGAACAGCAGAAUUAUGCUGGUUUAAAUCUACCAGGGAUAAUGUGUCACUUAGACGGUCCCUCUGGUCGUGAUUAAAACCUACACUGUGUACUAGCUAAUACACUGACAUUCUAAAAUGAUAAAUCCAAAGGGUAUCAUGUCACACAGAUUUAAUUUGGUCUCGAUUAGGUCAAUUCCAAAACGUUUCUUUGCUAUUAGUUAACAUAAUAUAUAUGAGCAUAAAUAUGAUACUGUAAGUUUGUAAUAUUGAUGAGUCCAUUUCUGCUUGAUACCUGGUAUGUCAAAUUGCAGUGUUUUUUUUGUAAAUGUAGUUUUUUUUUUGUAAAUAAACUAUGCAAUUGAUGUAACACGCAAAUGCUAUCUUACCCUCUUA